UGCGCUAAGAAGUGUACGGACACCAGCGAUAAAUGGAGCUGGGGGAAAUGGUCACGUGACCCUGUUCUCUUUCCACAAGGACCUAAAAAAUCCAGCACCAUGCCUCUCGCCAGAGACCUAAUCAACCCUACAUUGGACAGUGAGAAGCGCAGGCACAAGAAGAAGCGCUUAGUUCAGAGUCCUAACUCCUACUUCAUGGAUGUGAAGUGCCCAGGUUGUUAUAAGAUCACAACUGUGUUCAGCCAUGCCCAGACUGUUGUUCUGUGCGUAGGAUGUUCUACUGUGCUGUGCCAACCAACUGGUGGCAAGGCGAGGCUUACAGAAGGCUGCUCUUUCCGAAGGAAGGCACAUUAAGCCAACUGUUGAUUCCAGUUUGCUUUGGUGUUCCGUGUAAAUAACUCACACCGUAGCAAUGAGGGAAGAUCACAGUAUGCCUUCUGACAAGCCUCUCCAAGCAAGAACCAGCCACAACCAGAUCUGACCGCUUUGAACCAGUUUGACCUAGUACCACAGGGACCAUGAGAAUAUGUGGAAAGAAUUUCCUCCAGUAAUGCGACUAUCUUAAAAACUACACAAAUGUAAAUUCAUGCCGAUAAAUAAUCACUUUCUGAAUAGGAUCGGGGUUUGCUUGAAAAUCUUAAAAGAUAUUGAGAAAUUACUAAUAAGUGCUUACGUAAUCCAAGCUAUGUAUCCUUAAAGCUUAACUUUUAAAAGAUUAAUGCAUUGGUUUAAAGUUCCCAGCUUGUCCAAAGCACCUGGCACAUUUUACUUGACCAUGUAUUGAUUUAUUAAUAUACUGUUGCACUGUAUUAGUUCAUAAACAGUCGUGAAAUAAAUACUGUGCAUCUUUCCUCAA